CAAAGAGACAAAACCUCGUUUUUUCUUGACCCAUGCUUGGCUAAAAAAAGAAACCAAGAAACGCCAUGUCUGAUCCCCCCGGCGAGACGGACCAUAACCAUCGCGAUGGAAAGCACCGGCGAUCGCACCUCCACCACCUGAAUGUGCAGGUCCCUCCCGUCGCCAGCAACAUUGGCUGCUUCGCCGGCUGCUUCCGCCCGUCCCCGACAUCAUCGUCUUCCCCCGCCGCGCACGGCACCAACUGCCACGGACACGGACACGGACACGGACACCGGCACGCGGACCGGCCGGCGUCCCCGUCUCUGAUCCGGUCGCCGUCGGCGUGGAUCAAAGCGAAGGGCCAGAGCCUCGGGUCUGGCAGGCACGCGCGCCGCCGGUCCCAGGACUUCCAGUACGACGCCCUUAGCUACGCGCGUAACUUCGACGAGGGCGGGAGCGGGACGGACGGCGUGGGUGAGGAGGAGGCUACGAGCGACGCGCUCAAGCACCGGUGCUUCACGUCUAGGCUCCCCACGUCGCCACCGCCCGAAUCGCCUUCGGGGAUGGCCACCAGCGGCAACGGCAAGGCAGCGGAAACAGGCCGUCAUGAGUUGGAGUGAAACCAUUGCAUUGGAGCUUUCGCUUUUGUCAUCGGCUCUUUUUUUUUUCGUGUUGGAUUGGAAGGAGUUCAUCGUGGUCGGCUGCUGGUGCUGGCCAUAGCGCGUCCCGUAGAGCUGAGAUCCGCUAAUCAGCGUUUGCUUUUGUUUCGUUUAUCUGCGUUGCUGCAAUGUAACUGUACUUUGAAACAUGUUCUUCGAGUGGACACUUUGUUGUAAUGUUACGUACUUUGGCCGCCAACAAUACACGAAAUACAUGGAAGACAAAUAG